CUGGGAGUGGGCGGGGCAUUUCUUGUUCUCGCUGCAGCUUUUAGGGGGUUUCGUCCUGGAGGUGCAAAAGCUAGCCGAAGCGGCUCAGGACGGCAGCUGUCACAGGGCCCCCGGGACAGAGCAAGAGUUUCUUAAGGAGCCAGGCCCAGCCGGUUUCUCCGACCGCUCUAGCAAAAUAAACCAUAAAGAUCAGACUCGGGCUUUUUCACUUCCUUCUCUUCGUGGUUUCGCCUUCAGCUUCCGGUUCCGGGGAGGGGACGAGUUUUCUUCGAAGAUUUGGGGCUCCGCGAUACAGCUAGGAUGGCCGUGGUACCGCUACUGUUGUUGGGGGGUUUGUGGAGCACUGUGGGAGCGUCCAGUUUGGCUGUCGUUACUUGCGGCUCCGUGGUGAAGCUACUCAAUACGCGCCACAACGUCCGACUGCACUCACACGAUGUGCGCUAUGGGUCAGUUGAGGAGACAGACGCAAAGAAAUUAAAUCGUUUAUUCAAAGCUUUGCAGCUCGCAAAUGACAAAGUCGGGGUUCUCUAUCCAUAUCUAUUCAGAUUCAAAGCCUGCUUUAGAGACAAACAAGAAAAUUACAGUAGUGGGCAGCAGUCAGUGACAGGUGUAACCUCUGUGGAUGACAGCAACAGUUACUGGACGAUACGGGGGAAGACCGCCACAGUGUGUGAGAGGGGAACCCCCAUCAAGUGUGGCCAGCCCAUCCGGCUGACACAUGUCAACACUGGCCGAAACCUCCAUAGUCACCACUUUACUUCACCUCUUUCUGGAAACCAGGAAGUGAGUGCUUUUGGUGAGGAAGGUGAAGGUGAUUAUCUGGAUGACUGGACAGUGCUCUGUAAUGGACCCUACUGGGUGAGAGAUGGUGAGGUGCGGUUCAAACACUCUUCCACUGACGUACUGCUGUCUGUCACAGGAGAACAAUAUGGUCGACCUAUCAGUGGGCAAAAAGAAGUGCAUGGCAUGGCCCAGCCAAGUCAGAACAACUACUGGAAAGCCAUGGAAGGCAUCUUCAUGAAGCCCAGUGAGUUGUUGAAGGCAGAAGCCCACCAUGCAGAGCUAUAAAUCUAGAGGCUCUGAGCCACUGUUAACAUAGUAUUCAUAGACAUCUGUUGCUGCCUCACCUUGGUAUCCCUGCCACAAGUUCCUUGGUCAGUGGCCAUGUCACCAUUGAGAUGAAGACAUACAGCAGAAAAUAGUGGCUGUGUUUGGAAGCUUCAGCCCUGCACACUUGAACUUCACUCUCCCAGACUUGCAUGGGUUGGUUCUUUCUGAGUAGAGGACUUGUUGGUAAAGGGGCAGAUGUUUUUUAUUCAUAUUGAUAAACUGAGGGGAGCAUCCCUCUUAGCUGAGAAACUUUUACUCCUCAGGAGCUUGGCAUCAUGGACUGUUAAUGUAUGUGAUUUUUCCCCUAUUUUCUCUCUCCAAAAUGAUAAAAACAAUAAUUUUAUUAU